AUGGCCAAGAUCAGGAUUGCCAUAAACGGAUUUGGAAGAAUCGGCCGCAUGGUGACUAGGGUUGCUCUAGAAAGAGAUGAUAUCGAAAUCGUCUCUAUAAAUGAUUCUCAAAUCAACUCAAAGUAUAUGAUCUACAUGUUUAAGUACGAUAGUGUUCACGGGAAGUGGAAGAACCACCAUGAAGUUACGCUUAAGGAUGAUAAUACCAUUCUCUUUGGUGACCACCCAGUUAGAGUUUUUAAGGGAAGGGAUCCCUCGUACAUCCCUUAUGAAGAGAUUGGCGUUGAUUAUGUGGUUGAGGCCUCCGGCGUUAUGACAGAUUACGACAGAGCUGCUCUCCAUAUGAAGUAUGGUGCAAGGAAGGUUGUUAUUACAGCUCCAAGUAGCGAUGCUCCUAUGUUCGUUGUAGGCGUAAAUGAAAAGGAGUACACUCCAGACCUUAAAAUUGUUUCCAGUGCAAGCUGCGCUAUCAACUGUAUUGCUCCAUUGGCAAAGGUUAUCCAUGAGAAAUUCGGUCUUGUGGAAGGUCUAAUGACUACGGUUCAUUCUAUUGCUGGUCUUCAAAAGGUUGUUGAUGCACAUUGUCAGAGAGACUGGAGAGUCGGUAGAGCUGUUGGGCGCAACAUCAUUCCUAGUUCCAAUACUUCUAGGAAUGAUAUCCAGCUAGACCUUCCGGCUGUUGGUAAAGUGCUGCCGGCACUAGAUGGGAAGCUGACAGGAAUGGCCUUCUGCAUUCCCACUGUUGAUGUUUCUGUGGUUGACCUCACCUUGAGACUUGAGAAACAGGCAACUUAUGAUGAGAUAAAAAAUGCGAUCAAGACAGAAUCUGAGGGAAGCCUGAAAGGAAUCCUUGGAUACACAGAUGAUGAUGUUGUGUCCAGUGACUUUUUAGGUGACAAUAGGUCCAGCAUUUUCGAUGCCAAGGCUGGAAUUGCUCUGAAUGACAACUUUGUAAAGCUCGUCUCUUGGUAUGACAACGAAUGGGCUUAUAGCUCACGAGUUAUAGACUUGAUCUGUCACAUGGCCUCUGUUAGCCAAGAUGAAAGUGAUCAGGCAGCUAAUCCUUGA